CAGAUCCGUGCUUGUCUGGGCAAUCAGUGCUGCCUCCUCCUCAUCCCGUGUAGCUUUAAGUUUUGCAGCUUUGGAAGUGCAAAGGGGGAAGGAAAGCUUUGGGAAAAUGGCUGGGGCAAUAAUCGAGAACAUGAGCACGAAAAAGCUCUGCAUUGUUGGAGGGAUCUUGCUGGUUUUCCAAGUCAUCGCUUUUCUAGUGGGAGGUCUGAUCGCUCCAAGUCCCACCACAGCUGUGUCCUAUCUGGCAAACAAAUGUGUAGAUGUAGAGAAGAACCAUCAGAAGACCAAAUGGUAUUUGUCCUGGGGGUCCAAUCCAUGUGAAAAAAUCAGGGACUUUGAUGAAGCAGUGAGCAGGCAGAUAGAAGCCAAUGACAUUGUGUUCUCCAUUCAUGCGCCUCAUCCUCACAAUGAGAUGAGCCCUUGGUUCCAGUUCAUGCUCUACGUUUUGCACGUGGACAUUGCCUUCAAGAUGGACAACCAAAUUAAAAACAAUGCAGAGAUUACAUUUAAUGUGUCCUUGGGAUACCGUGACGACAUGGUCAGUGAGUGGCAACCAAUGGCAUAUGCAGAAGAGACUCGGAAGCUCAAAUGUGCCUUUAACUAUCCAAAAACUAAAGAAAAUGAAGACAGUUUCUAUGAUUGUGAUGUACUUUCAUUCAUGGAAAUUGGAACUGUUGCUCACAAAUUCUACCUUGUCAAUAUUCGGCUCCCUGUGCAUGAAAAGAAAGGUAUCAAUGUAGGAAUUGGAGAUAUAAGAGAUAUUCGUCUAGUGGGCAUCCAUCAAAAUGGAGGCUUUACAAAGGUGUGGUUUGCAAUGAAAACAGUCCUCACACCGAGCAUCUUCACCAUCAUGGUGUGGUACUGGAGACGGAUCACAAUGAUGACGCGGCCACCUGUCUUACUGGAAAAAGUUAUCUUUGCUCUUGGGAUUUCCAUGACAUUCAUAAACAUCCCAGUGGAGUGGUUUUCUAUUGGGUUUGAGUGGACUUGGAUGUUGCUGUUUGGAGAUAUUCGCCAAGGAAUCUUCUAUGCUAUGCUUCUGUCAUUUUGGAUCAUCUUCUGUGGAGAGCAUAUGAUGGAUCAGAAUGAACGAAAUCGUUUCUCUAGCUACUGGAAACAAGUCGGGCCAAUUGCUGUAGGCGCCUUCUGUCUGUUUGUCUUUGACAUGUGUGAGAGAGGGGUACAAUUAAAAAAUCCAUUCUACAGUAUCUGGACCACAGAUGUUGGUACGGAACUCGCUAUGGCAUUUAUUAUCGUUGCUGGGAUCUGCCUCUGUCUCUACUUCCUGUUCCUGUGUUUUAUGGUGUUUCAAGUGUUCCGAAACAUCAGUGGUAAGCAAUCCAGCCUCCCAGCAAUGAGUAAAGCUCGCAGACUUCACUAUGAGGGGCUAAUUUUUAGGUUCAAGUUCUUGAUGCUGAUCACACUGGCUUGUGCUGCCAUGACUGUAAUAUUUUUCAUUGUCAGCCAGGUGACUGAAGGCCAUUGGAAAUGGGGUGGCUACACGGUUGAACUGAACAGUGCCUUUUUCACAGGAAUUUACGGAAUGUGGAACCUUUAUGUCUUUGCCCUCAUGUUCCUGUAUGCACCUUCACACAAAAACUAUGGUGAAGAUCAGUCAAUUGGUGACCUGGGAAUAAGCAGCGGAGAAGAACUUCAGCUCACGACCACCAUCACCCAUGUUGAUGGACCUACAGAGGUUUACAAACUGGCUCGCAAGGAGGCCCAAGAGUAAUUAAUAAAUCACAGCUCAUCAAGCACAGACGGACAGUAACAUAUGGAACAGUAGCAGUAUUUUCUUGUGAGGGUGCAUGGCUGAAAUCAUUCUAAACGUGUUUGUGUACUUUCACAGAAAGGUGGCUAGAACAGUGGGAAAUGCUCCUGGAUAAUAAUUUGUGUUUGGGAGGAGGAGCUUUUAUCAGAUUUGAUCCCUCCUCCCUCCAUUACGCUCCCAGUUUUGUUUUGCAUGUUAACUCCUGGGCAAAAGGGUGUGUGUGGCUUCAUGAAGGGACAGGAACCCAUUUCCCUGGUCUGACCUUUAGGUUGCUCUUGGAUUAACACAUCUGCUGCUCUCUUUGCUAUAGAAAAUCUUGGGAAACAAAUCAAUAUUCUGUGUGUUUCCUGUUCAAGGUUUUGUUCUGUAUUUCCAAUGCCUAUGUUUAGAACCAUUUUUGUUCUUUAUUUAUAUUGCAUGUAGCCAGUGCUGUUAAAUAUUUAUGUACUUUGAUAAACUCAUCCAUGACUUUUUAUAGUCCAGUGUAAUACUGCCUUUUGUAAAGUUUUGGUACAAAAAGAGCAUUUCUGCUUUAAAAUUGAACCUCAUUUGCCUGUGGAUAUGUAUGCCUUGAGCACUAAUAAUUCUUUAUGGUGUAGAUAUCUUUUUGAUAUGCUCUCACUCUUAAGUAUGCUUGUGUGAUGCAUAAUCCAUGGAAUAGUAGGAGGGGAGGUGGGGUUCAGGGUCAUGUUUUUAAUGCUGCAAGUAGUCUUGGGAAUAUUGUAGGGGGGUUUUGUACUAUGAAUAAAA